CCAUUUUCAAAUAAACCAUUAGAGGUGGAAAGCCGGGCGCCAUCUCUAUCCAGCUUAUAGACAAUAAGGUCAAACAAAGAUUAGGUCAUAAAAAUUGUUCUAUAAUCCAAACCAACCAAAAACAAAUUAAAACUAUUUAAUUAUCAACCAACUGGCUAAAGAACAUGUCUUCUUCUAUACCAAACAUCUUUGCACGUCCUUCCCUAACAUUAUUACAUGCUCCCAACUUCUCUAUCCCUUCUCCAUAUAAAUUUCUCUACUAUCCAAUAAUCAAAAAAAAAAAACAAGAGUCCAAACAUGGGAGAUGAAGGGAAACAAUGGCUAUCAAUUUCCCUUCUCUUCUUUUCUCUUUUCUCCACCCUUCCUUUAACAAAAUGUCAGUCCCCAUCGACAAUAUUCACACCACCCGACAAUUACCUCAUUAGUUGCGGUUCUUCAAACAAUGUUGUUCUUCAAGAUGGUCGGACUUUCAAAUCUGACCCACAAUCCGCUUCGUUUCUAUCCACAAACGAGAAUAUAUUAGCUUCGGUUAAUACCAUUCCCAACCUCUCUUUCCCAUCUUCUUCCCCUUCUUCUCUUUCUCUAUAUCAAACCGCGAGAAUCUUUUCCGACGAAUCAAUCUACCGGUUCCUUGUUGUUCGACCCGGGUGGCAUUGGGUACGUCUCUACUUCUACCCACUUCCUCACCCGGUUUAUAACCUAACAAACUCCGUCUUCACGGUCUCAACCGAUUCACUCGUUCUCUUACACGACUUCAAUUCGAAGGACAUGGGGGUCGCGAUUUUCAAAGAGUACCUCAUUAAUAUCACCUCCGAUCGAUUCACACUUAAGUUCUCUCCAUUGAAGAAUUCUUUCGCAUUCGUUAAUGCAAUCGAGUUCGUUUCUAUCCCCGACGGGCUUAUCGCUAACUCGGCGUACUCCAUUUACUCGCCUGGACCGUUUGACGGUUUAAACAAUUACGCGUUUGAAGUUCUUUAUAGGUUGAACGUCGGAGGAGAACUAAUCACUCCGAAGAACGACACUCUAUGGAGGACAUGGCUACCCGAUGGGAACUUCAUGACCUUCCCACAAGGUGCAAAGAAUGUGACGGUUCCACCCGAAAUGAUCAACUACCCGAAUGGUGGCGCCACCCCGUUCAUCGCCCCGAGUUGGGUUUACGCAUCGGCAGACGAAAUGGCCGAUGCAAACGUCACCGAUUCAAGCUUUAACCUAACGUGGGUAAUGCCGGUUGAUCCGAGUUUCUCCUAUUUGGUAAGGAUGCAUUUUUGUGAUAUUGUAAGUGUGGCUAUGAAUGAGCUUUACUUCAAUGUCUAUGUCAAUAAGAUGAUGGGUGUUUCCAAUCUCGAUCUCUCCACGAUCAAUUUAGCGCUUGGGGUGCCUUAUUAUAAAGAUUUCGUAGUGAAUGCAUCUACGAUUACGAAUAAUUCAAUCAUGGUUCAAGUUGGGCCGGCUUCCAACGUUCAAUCUGCACUACCAAACGCCAUUUUAAAUGGUUUGGAGGUUAUGAAAAUGAGUAACGUAGCGGGAAGUUUAGACGGGUUAUUCUCCACGAACGGAGCCUUUGGUGCUCCAAAUAGAUCAUCGAGUCGAAUGCAUAUUGCCACGGCCAUUGCUCUUGGACUUGGAGUAACAGCAUUUGUGUUAUUAGUGACCAAUUUGAUUCGAAGACAAAGGAAGCCUCAAGGAUGGGAUUCGAAGAGGAACCGGAGUAUUUCUUCUUGGUUGAUCCCACUAAACGCUAGUUAUUGCAGCAGCUUUCUUUCAAGCCAAACUAAGAAUAGUUUCAUGUCGAGUAAAAGCGGGUACUCGAGUAUUAUCUCUUCGACGACAGGUUUAGGGAGGUACUUCACUCUAAACGAGUUACGAAAUGCCACGAAGAAUUGGGACGAGAAAGAGGUUGUUGGCGUAGGAGGGUUCGGGAAGGUGUACCUUGGUGAGAUAGACGUUGGGACGAAAGUUGCAAUAAAACGAGGAAACCCUAGCUCGGCUCAAGGUAUCAACGAGUUCCAAACCGAGAUUCUCUUGUUGUCUAAGCUAAGGCACCGACAUUUGGUUUCCUUAAUCGGAUAUUGCGAUGAACAAUCGGAGAUGAUCCUAGUCUACGAGUACAUGUUGAACGGCCCUCUCCGCGAUCACUUAUACGGAUCGAGCCAAGGAAACAUGCAAAUAUUGACGUGGAGACAACGACUCGAGAUUUGUAUUGGUUCGGCUAGAGGACUUCACUAUCUCCACACGGGGACAUCUCCCGGUAUAAUACAUCGAGAUGUGAAGACAACAAACAUCUUAUUGGACGAUAACCUACUCGCUAAGGUCUCUGAUUUCGGGUUGUCCAAGGCUGGUCCCGCUUCCUUGGACCAAACACAUGUAAGUACCGCGGUGAAGGGGAGUUUCGGUUACUUAGAUCCCGAGUACUUUAGAAGACAACAACUAACCGAGAAAUCCGAUGUUUACUCCUUUGGUGUUGUGUUGUUUGAAGUUUUGUGUGCGAGGCCGGCCUUAGACCCCGCCUUACCUAGGGAACAAGUGAAUUUAGCCGAGUGGGCGAUGAAACAACAUAGAAAAGGGACACUAGGAAAAAUUGUCGAUCCGAACUUGGCUGGAACCAUUAGUUCGGAAUCGUUGAUGAAGUUUGUUGAGGCUGCGGAGAAGUGUCUAGCCGAGUAUGGAGUGGAUAGGCCUUCGAUGGGCGAUGUAUUGUGGAAUUUGGAGUUUGCUUUGCAGCUUCAAGAUGCGUCGGUACAACUUGAAGCACCCGAAGAUGUUGACGAUGACGAUGACGAGGAAGGUAUUCUCAAAGCGUCGAGUAAAGGGAAUGGAAAAGGAAAAGAGAAGUUGAAUGUUGAAAUGAGUGAAGAUUCAAGGGUUGUAGUUGCUUCCCCUUUGUUUGAACCAAAUUUCCAAGGAAGAUGA